UUAUACGAUUGUCAGAAUCGAUUAUAAAAUUGACUAUAAAAUUUAACUAAUAAUUCGAUUCAAGUAUAAGGACUACUCACACACAUUUAUAAUAACGCGUGCGAAAUCUUAAUGUGAUAUUUAGUUUAGGUAAAAAAUUUAUGGACAAAUUUUUGUUUCUUUCACUAAAUUGAUUAAAGCAAAAGAAGAAAGGAAGGGAAAACGAGAGCAGACGACAUAUUUUGCGACUCCUUUCUUUUCGCUGCGGUGUCUGAAGCGCGAUGAUUAGAUAAGGCUCCGGUUCAUAGUACGUCCGAGAGAUCUCAUAAGAGACCGAGAUGUUCGAGGUCCGGCCUCAGUUAAAAUUGCUUGUGCUAACAGGCCAUAAACGAGUAAAUUGUUCAAGCAGCUUCUCUGCACUCUUUUGCCAGCAACAUUUUCGAUUGUGCAUGUUGCAUUCUUUCUUCCCUCCAUUACAUCCGACAUAUAAUCUGGGAUAAUCUAUUUGGCCGAAGUAAUCGGCGCACCGAUCUUCGAGGAAACUAUUGCAUGUCUCUCAGUUCUUUCUCCUCUUUCGCUGAGAAGAGAACCUGACAAUUGUUAAAAUCGAGAACGGAAACGAAGAUGCCCGCCUGCUCGAGCGAGAAGCUAUUUUCCUCCAGUCCGCCGAUGUCGCGGAGUAGCAGCGCAUCACCGCCGCUACCCAGCUCACCGUUGUCCACGUCGCCGUCCCGGAAGUCGCCCGUAUCGUCAUCGAACGGAUUCGUGUCGACGUCUAGCGUGCCGGAGAAUCUCUACCGGGCGUCGUCAGGCUCGAGUAUGCCAACGGUGAUAUUCACCCAAAGACGACAGCAGCUACAGCGGCAAGCGUCACAGCAGGCACAACGGGGCGUGCAAGUGACAAAUCAUAAUGCCGAGCGCAAUAGUGAUUCUUUAUUGUUGAGGAUCCUGAGCUGGUACUUUGGACUGUUACUGAGUCUUCUUCGGAAUGCUUUCAACGUGGUCGGUUACGCUAUCUGGGCGCCCGCUCUGUGGGCGUCCGCCUGGGUCUGCCUGUUCUGGGUGAUUCUACAACUGCCGCUCACCGCCCUCAAGUGGUUCAUCACCAUGCUGCACACCCCGGCAUAUGAAAGAUCGCGCAACAAACGUUGCGUGCUCAUCAGCGGCGGUAGCACGGUGCAGGCGGUACACCUCGCGCGGAACUUCUACAAGGCGGGCGCUCGGGUGGUGGUGUGCGAGCUCGACGGGCUGUUUGGCCUGGCCCGAUUCUCCACCGCCUGCUCCAAGUUUUACACGAUACCGCGACCUGGUCCGGGGAAUGUCGUGGAGUAUAUCAAAGCGCUGGGCGACAUCGUCCGGCGCGAGAGGGUGGCUUACUACAUACCAGUGAGCGCCGCCAGCACUGCUUAUUACGACGCUCUGGCGAAACCGCACUUGGAAAUCAUGGGCUGCGAGUGCUUUGUGCCCGACGCCGGUGAGGUAACCGCGCUGGACGAUCCGUUCGAAUUACUGCAACGCUGUCGCAUGCUCGGCCUCAUCACGCCGCAGCACUUUCUGCUGCGCUCGAUGUCGGAUCUGUCCGCGCUCUACGAGCAGAACACGUUCCGCGUCGGUAGGUACAUGAUGCUGGCCGCCGGCCCCGCCGGGAUGCGCGACCGAGCCAAGGUCCCGUUACCGCCCACCAUCCGGGAGUUCAGGAACCAGCAACUCGAAAUUAGCGAGAGGCGACCGUGGGUGGUAAUCCGCGAUCCCGGCGGAAGUCAUUUCAUCACCUGCACCACGCUCAAGGAGUCCCGGAUCGUGGCGAACGUGACGUGUCGCGUGGACGAAGAUAGAGGACUCAUCCCGGAAGAAUGUCCCGAGGUGACCCAAUGGCUAGAGCGAUUCUUCGCCCGUUCCUUCGGUGCCCGAAUCAAUGGCCAUGUGAGCUUUCGGCUAGCGGUAUCGGAGGGCACGGACGAGCUGCUAUCCAUCGGCUGUCGGGUGGGCGUGAGCUUGCCCUACAUCUGCCACACGGGAAUACACCCGCGUCUAGUCUGGAAGCCUUGCAGGCACUUCUCGAGGCAGAACUCGGCCGUGCUAGGCACCCCAGAUAGGCAGUUGCUGUCCGAUGCCAUGGCCGGCGCCUUGAAACGACCGGCCGACGAGACGGCGCCCCAUCUGCUGGGCACAGUGUUGGACAAAAGGGAAGCUCUUUUCGUGUACUGGGACCCUUUGCCCUAUUGCGCUUACUAUCAUUUGCAGCUACCCUUCAGACGUGUCGCGGGGGUCAUCCGAGCGCAGCACAACCCACCACUAGCGGUAGUGCAAUAAUAAGGCGCUCUGACAUAACUAAUGCUCAUUAAUUAGCUCCUUCAAUCUAUGAACAAAGGAAAGGUUCUCCUCGUGCAUUUCCCUUCGAUGAUCAUUAAAGAAGCUCGAUCGGGACAUAAUUUUAUCUGGAACUCAACAUUGAUUCCUCAAUAGUGCCUCCGAAAAGAGUAAGCGUACCAACGAGGAGAUUCGAGGACAAAUUCGUACUUAGUUUUGUGAGUAAUUGUGUCGAGUGUGAUAUAUUAUUUAUUGGAAUAUCAGCGCAGCAUUCAUUCCAGUCGCGCUCGAGUCUAAUCGACAAAGAGCUACGUAUUUCCACGUUACAUCCUGCGACGUGUUAUAAGAAGGACGAAUGAGACGCUAACGACUGCAAUAUUUCACGCGUAGUGUGACAGAAAGAGAACAAGUGACAGAACGUAUACGUAUGUGUGUAUAUAUAUGCAAGUAUGUUUAUUUCAUUUUCGACUCUUUAUUAAUUAACAAUUAGUAAUAAGAUUAGUAUCUCGUCGAAGAGAAGAGGAAAAUGACGGAGGGACACGGGGAUUGCACGAUCGUGUCGGAACUAGGAAGUAUCCGAUAAAAUAUUAUUCUUCGAUUCAAGGAGAGACUCGAAAGACGAUCAUUCGCGAAAUUAUCGCGCUACCGGUGAUUAUGUUCGUUUGUGAAUUUGAACGAAAUCGAGAAAGAGAGUAAGUUAAAAAAUAGGUGCAAAGGUCAAGUUCAACUGUAUCGGUUAGAAAAAAACAUACACAUGUUACCAUUGGAUGCUGUUUUCGCCUCAGUUGGGGGAACCUACGAAGGAGUGCGACCGGAUGGCACACGGAUGAAAAAACACAUGUGCAAAUCGCGCUGCUAUCAAUACUGAUUGAGCUAAACGGAGAUUUCUGCGUUGCGUUAAUAUGUCCCUAUCUCUUUGUAGACUGACAGAAUGCGAAAGCCCGUUCAAUCGUCUACAAUAGUAGACGCACAACAAGAAUUCGAGUUUUGCAGAUACCAGUUAAUUCCGAUUACACGCACUUUGCUAUAUUUUAUCAUAUCGAUUACGAAAGCGAUCGAGAGGAAGAACAUGUUUCUAGGUGUGCUUGGAAGAUUAGUCUCCGAUUUAACCGAUCUGAUCAAGUCACCGUCAAUCGAUUGCAGAAGUCAAUAAAGGAUACUAGCGAAUCAUAAAAUUGAAGAAAUUUCAUUCGAAAUGACAAUCAUCGCUCAUUUAAGCGAUACCCAUAGCAUAAUGAAAACUCAUUAGUUAUUAUCCUAGAGAAUCUGAAGAAUAUACUGAAAGAUAUCCUGGAGAAUUUUUAAUUUUUUAUCUAUCGUGCAUUAUCAUUGAAUCAAGAUCGAUUGCAAUCCUCGUAGAUGUAUAAAGUGAAAGAAUUUGUAGAAUUGACAAUAUUAUUUAUAAGUUAUUAUUUGCAGAUUAUAUUAACAUAUGGAUACAAGAUGCGAGAAAGAAGCUGGCGUUGUUUCGACAUGUUAGCUAUUCUAUCAUCAAGCCAUAUGUAAUGUAUAUAUGUAUUUAUAGUAUUUCUUUAUAAGAAGCUAAAAUACGUCAGUUUAUGUAAAUUAUGUAUUUUAGAGUCAUCAAAUCUAUUGCAUUGAUAUUGCAAUAAAUUCCGUUUACGCAAAUCA